AGGAGACGAUGAACAAUUGAUUCUACAUGGUCUCAACAACAUCAACCUGACGAUGACCAUGAUGCCCAAGUCCUUGCGAUAGCAGCAUCUCCACUCCUUUUCUCAUCCAUCAUUGACUACAUCUGAAGAAUAAGAUUCCCUCCACGUCCGCAAUCAUGGCGCGUAUCGGCCGCUUGGGGUUUUUGACCCUGGCGCUCGCCUUUCAUUUAAUGUACCUCUAUUCGAUAUUUGACAUCUACUUCGUCAGCCCCAUUGUUAGUGGCAUGCGACCGUUCAGUACGGAACGCGAAAUCGGAACAGAAGCACCCGCAAAACGUCUCGUCCUGUUCGUCGGAGAUGGUCUUCGUGCCGAUAAAGCUUUUCAGGCUUUCCCAGAUCCCUCACCACCUACGGAACUCGGUUCGGAAGACGUCGAUACUCUCAUUCGCUUAGCUCCCUUUGUACGCUCUCGAGUGUUAGAUCACGGUACCUUUGGAGUUUCGCAUACCCGUGUUCCUACGGAAUCUCGGCCGGGCCAUGUUGCUCUGAUUGCGGGUUUAUACGAGGAUGUCUCGGCGGUGAUGACAGGAUGGAAAUUGAACCCGGUGAAUUUUGACAGUGUCUUUAACCGAAGUCGACAUACAUGGAGUUGGGGUAGCCCGGAUAUUCUCCCCAUGUUUAAAGAAGGAGCCGUUCCCGGGCGCGUCGAUGCCGAUACAUACCACGAGGCAGCGGAGGAUUUUACUUCAGACGCAACUCAAUUAGAUAUCUGGGUCUUUGAUAAAGUCAAAGAGCUCUUUGCGGAGGCCAAGACGAAUCCUGAGUUGAAUGCGCAAUUGAGAGAAGACAAGAUUGUCUUUUUCCUUCAUCUGCUUGGCCUGGAUACAACUGGUCAUGGUUUUCGGCCGUAUUCCAAGGAGUACCUGAAUAAUAUCAAGAUUGUCGAUAAGGGCGUCCAGGAGAUUACAGAGUUAAUCGAUAACUUUUACAAUGACGGCAAGACCGCCUACGUAUUCACGGCAGAUCAUGGUAUGAGUGAUUGGGGUAGCCAUGGAGAUGGUCAUCCUGAUAAUACGCGUACUCCUCUUGUGGUUUGGGGUUCCGGCGUUGCUUCUCCCAAGUAUGUGGAAGAGGGACAGUCCAGCGGCCAUGAGGACGGCUUCUCGUCUGACUGGGGGUUUGAUCAGAUUAGAAGACAUGAUGUGGAACAAGCCGAUGUUGCUGCUCUUAUGGCUUACCUAGUUGGAUUAGAAUUUCCAGUGAACUCAGUUGGCCGACUUCCUCUUGAAUAUAUUGAUGCAUCGCCACGGGGAAAGGCUCUGGCGUUUUGGGCCAAUACACAGGAGGUCUUGGAGAUGUAUCAUGUCAAGGAGAAGCAAAAGAGCCAGAACCAACUAAAUUUCAAGCCAUAUGCGCCGUUAGGAGAGGAAAAAUUAGCCGCACUCACUUCAGAAAUUGAAUCCUUGAUUUCCGAAGGCAAAUAUGAUGAAUCUAUCGAGGUAUCUUCAAAAGUUUUCACUUCUGCGCUCGCGGGACUUCGAUAUCUGCAGACUUACGAUUGGCUUUUCUUACGUACAAUUGUCACUUUAGGAUACCUAGGGUGGAUUGCAUAUGCAAUUACGACCGUCAUCGAUCUUCAUGUUCUGCACGGAUCAUCUGAUGCACACCGCACGGUUUUUAGCACGUCAGUCUUUGUGUCUAUCCUUGUCGGGAUAUACUCCAUUUUUAUAUAUCAACGUUCUUCGUGGAGAUAUUAUGCAUACGGGGCUUUCCCUGUAUUCUUCUGGGAGGAGGUGUUUGCUCGAAAAAAGGCUUUAGUCGCUGGUCAACAGAUUUUACUGAAACAUGUAAGCUCUGUUGGUGGCUACGUUGUGUUUGCUCUGCAGGCUGUAGUGUUUCUAGGGGUGCUGGAAGCCUUGGUACAGUCAUAUUGCCACCGAGAAAUAUUUACUAUAUUGUUCAUUCUUGCAGCCUUUUGGCCUCUUUUCUACGGUAAAGCGUUUAUAUCGCGCCAUCUCGCUCUUACGGCAGCUUGGUUUGUUGGUUGCUGUCUCAUGAGCAUUUUUACACUUUUGCCUGUUGUCAAGGUCGAGGAUACUACAACAAUUACCAUUGGAGGAAUGCUCAUGUUUUUGGCUGGUUUGUUCUACCUAGCCUUUGAAGAAACUAUCACGAAGGGAACUGGGCAUCCAAUCAGCGUUGCUGGGUCUCGCAUAAUCAUGGGAAUACAGUUGGGCAUGAUACUUCUCGCUGUGAUUGUCACACGUUCCAGCGCACUAUCCCUACAAGCCAAAGCAGGUCUUCCCCUAGGCAAUCAGAUCGUGGGGUGGAUCGUCUUGGUAUCCUCGUUGCUUCUCCCAUUCGCUCAUCGAAUGUACCCGAAUAGCUACUACUUACACCGACUAGUGAUGAUCUUCCUCACUUUUGCCCCGACAUUCGUGAUUCUCACCAUUUCAUAUGAAGGCCUAUUCUACUUUGUAUUCUGCAUGACUCUGGCCACGUGGGUCCGACUGGAACAUGCUCUUUACGUAUAUCAGAAACAAUCAACUCCAACCCCGGCUAUUGAUUCAAACAACAAACCCACUACCCAAACAACAACCGUCACCGGCGAAACACACUCCUACCGCGCCCUCACCCUCUCCGACACCCGCGUAGCACUCUUCUUCUUCUACCUCGUGCAAUCCGGCUUCUUCAGCACAGGCAACAUCGCAUCCGUCUCCUCCUUCUCCCUCGAGAGCGUCAACCGCCUCAUCCCCAUCUUCAACCCCUUCAGCCAAGGCGCCCUCCUAAUCCUAAAACUCAUGAUUCCCUUCGCUGUCAUCAGCGCCAACCUAGGUAUUCUCAACAAACGCCUCGAAGUCGCUCCGAGCGCACUCUUCAUGACUGUCAUGACGAUAUCGGAUAUCUCAACCCUGAACUUUUUUUACAUGGUUCGCGACGAUGGCUCGUGGCUCGAGAUUGGGACGACGAUUAGUCAUUUUGUGAUUGCGAAUUUGCUUUGUUUCUUUGUUGCUGGUUUGGAGUUUGUGAGCGAGAUGUUUGUUAGUGGGGUUGAUUUGGGGGUUGAGUCUUCGUCUGUAACAAAUGUUGUGAAGUGGAUUGCGGAAGAUGAGGAUGUGGAUGUUAGGAAGGGCAAUGGUGUGAGUGAGAAGAGGGAUUAAAGGGGAUAAUGGGUUUAGGAUGGUUCUGGUUGGGAUUUCUAUCAUAGAAUAUACGUUAUGCAUGGGUAUGGAUUGUCUUAUGAGUCCAUGUCCGUUAUCAUUGAUCUGUAUAUAAUAAUGAAUCGAUUCCUUUUUUGCCG